AUGGCUACAAAAGACAACUCGAACGUAACUCAAACUGUCCCUGAGCUCAACGAAGGAGCUCUGUCUGUUGAUGAAAUACAACUCAGAGCUCAAGGCCAUGUCGGCGUACUCCCCAGACAAUUCAGCGCCUUCGCAACUCUUGCUCUAGCCUUCAGCAUUACAAACAGCUGGGUCGGCUAUGCUGCGACAUUCGUUACGCCUCUGUUUGCUGGCGGCGGACCGGCCGUCUUCUGGGCACCUAUUGUGGCAUGUAUUGCCUCCUUCUUCAUUACAGCCGGCCUAGCAGAAUUAGCUUCAGCAUUCCCUUCUAGUGGAGGGCAGUAUCAUUUCGCGUUCAUGGUCGCGCCGAAAAGGUACAGAGCAAGCAUUGCUUUUGCUACAGGUUGGCUCAGCUCCUUUGCAUGGCUCUUUACUACAGCAAGUGCGAAUCUGUUCUGCGCACAGAUAUGUGUCAACCUCGCGACUCUAUACAACCCAGAAUAUGCGUGGAUACAGUGGCAGGUGUGGCUUGUCUAUACAGGUUUCAUCAUUGCGUGCUCCUCGAUCGUCAUCCUACUACCACGGCUUAUUCCCAAGGGAGAGAUCGUCUUCUUCUGGGCUUCCGUCCUGGGUUUCGUCGUUUCGUUCGUUGCCAUACUGGUGGCCAGCGACACCAAGCAGUCGGCCUCGAUUGUGUUCACAGACUGGGUGAAUCAGACAGGCUGGAACGACGGCACUGCUUUCCUGCUCGCAGUAGGUCAAGCGAUGUAUGGUUUCUUAUGUACAGACUCAGCAACUCACAUCAGCGAAGAGCUUCCUAAUCCUGGCCGCAAUGUACCGCGUGCUAUGUGGGGAACUAUCGUGAUCGGAAUCGCCACGACCUUACCCUUUACUGUCGCCCUCCUGUUCUCAACUCACGACCUCGAAACUGUGUCCCUCUCUUACCUGCCGAUAAUGGAAGUGUACAGCCAGGCAUUGAACAACAAGGCUGGUGCGUUCGUCCUCACAUUCUGGAUCUUAUUCGUGUAUUUCGGUGCCACCAUCGGCUUGGUGGUGACUUCUGGCCGACUCCUAUGGGCGUUCGCAAGGGACAAUGGGCUACCGUUUUCGCAUGUGUUCGCCAGAACACAUCCCACUUUAAAGGUUCCUGUCAACGCCACAAUCCUCACAGCCGUCUUCUGCAUACUCUACGGCCUCAUCUACAUCGGAUCGACCACCGCCUUCAACAGUUUUAUCGCUACUGCCAUUCUCUCGCUCAACAUCACCUACGCGAUUCCUCAAUUCAUCGUCCUCUGCCGCGGUCGUUCCUCGGUCUUGCCAUCUCGCCACUUCGAUCUAGGCAGCUUUUUCGGCCCCUUUUGCAACUUGUUCUCAACACUUUGGGUAGCACUUUAUGCAGUCCUGUUCUGCUUCCCAAUUUUCCUACCUGUAACAGUCCAGAGCAUGAAUUAUGUGAGCGUCGUUAUGGCAGGGACGGGGUUGUUCAUAGUCCUGGCUUGGUGGCUACCAGGAGGGAAUAGGGGUACUUUCACAGGACCGAAUGUGAAUAUGGAGAUGCUGAGUGUUGUCAAUUAG